AUGCGCGUGUCCGCCGGUGUUGCAGCCUUCCUGCUAUCCCUGACCGCGAUCCCGGUCUCCUUCCUGCUCAACGGCCUGUCGGCCAUGGACAGUCCCAUGACAGUGUUUUAUGCUGGUGUUGGAGUCCUCCUUGGCCUGUUGUUGGUGUUGUACCUGCUCGUCAUCGGAAGAACCCCCACAGACCCCCUGUUCUAUGCUUUCAGUGUGUUCUCCUUUACAAGUGUCAUCGAUUUAAUUAUCUCCCUGGAACAGGAUGGCUACAUCAGAGGCUUCAUGGGAUUCUACUUGAAGGAAGGGGAGCCGUAUCUUCGCAGUGCCUAUGGAAUACUGAUCUGUUACUGGGAUGGAACAGUCCAUUACGCCCUCUACUUGCUGAUGAUAACAGCCAUCUCAUUGAGCUGGAGUUACCGCUGUGUUGGCCUCUAUUGGCUGGGCUCCAUUCUCAUGAGUCUCGUGAUCCUUCUAGUUGGAACCGUCUUAGUUUCAAUUCAUGAAGGUAAAUAUGGAACUGAAAUCCGUCCUGCUUUCCUGCUGAAUAUUCCGUAUAUGUUGAUCCCAAUUUGGGCUGGGAAGAAAAUCUAUGGGAUUCCCAGAGCAUUGCCAAAGGCGACAGCAGAUCAGGUUGCCACAGAACAGGGAAAGUGGUUGUAUCGGAGGCCUCUCGAUGUCUGCUUUGUAAUAUAUCUGCUGUUUGCUGCUGCUUACACAGUCUUCCGGGGCUUUAUUGCCCUCGAGUGUCCCUUUGAUACCUGUGUAAGGUAUGCAUAUGAUCAGGAGCCCUACCUGUUGGACCCAGUGAUGUAUCCCAAGAUCCAGGAAGAGGCAUCAAUAAACUAA